AUGCCCUGCCGGUUGAAAAGCGGAAGAGCAGCGACAACGCUCGCGGACAAGCACACCACUGUCACUCCCGAAAGUAUUAUGGCGUAUGCCGAAACAGAAAACAACCAGACCGUUCUGCUUGAAGUGAUCACAGACUUAGCCGACGUGUUCGCCGAGAAAGAAGGUUGCGCUGAUGCAAGAGACCUCAUGCGUAUUCCCUCAAGGAUGAUUGGCAAGACAAGAAAGUGGUCGCCAAAAAUACACCCGCUGUCAAAUCCAGAUCGUCAAGCAAUGGACGAGCAACUCGACAAGCUACACAACCAAAGCAGAAUGAUGUGGUCGAACCAAGCCACACCUUUUGGCGCGCCUGUUUUUGUUGUUAAGCCCACUAUGCCCGACGGUUCAAAUUCGUCCCUAGUAGUUGUCGCCGUGCGCAACCUGAACACUUGGACAGUGCGUGAUUCUUACCCACUUCUCAGACAGGAGGAUACCAUCAAACUCACGUAUCACAAUGCGAACGACCUUUCAAUGGCGAGUAUAAUGGAUACCAACACCCGGCCAUUCCACUUUGACGGCUUCUACCAUGACCCACCACUUCCUAUCCUUUCCGACCACAUUGUGGAUAUCGAGCAGUUUAGCGGGGUCUGCUGGCAUCAACAACUUGGAUCCUGUCCCGUCACCGACACUGAACAUUGUCGAAAUGCUACACUGCAGCGGCAGAGAAACACCCCCGGCCCCUCACCAUUCUCCUCGAGAUUUCAGUUGAGGUCCAAGUGGUCAACGACCACCGAUACGACGUUGAGGGCGAGGAUCACCACUGCGCUACAUGGACUACGCAGCUCACAUCCCCGAUGGGAACAAGCAAGGCAGCGAGAUAUGCAGCCGGGUGAUAUUGACCUGGGCAAUGUAACUCUGCUUUCGGGAAGACCAGUAGCUGCCCUUCAGGUUCUGAACUCCAAAGGAGAGUGGAAGUGGGUCCGGGCGUGGACGGGAGGAUCACAAUCAACAGGCAGCACUCUGCUCUCACGGGCGGCUUGA